GUGUCAGACUUCAGCUCCGGGAAUUAGUGAUGGCCGCCUCAAUUUAUCCUGAACUGCCCAGCUGAGCGACCUUUGACAUGCCGUGACUCUCGUUCUUUUCUUUCUUUGCUCAGUGUCAUCGAGAUGGGCGAACAGCUGCCUCCCGGGGUGCUAGGAGCCGCCGUGGGCGUCCUCGUCUACAGCUUCAUCUGUCUCGCGUGCGGCCUCUUUCUCUUGUGGCUGGUUUGGGUCCACGAUGAACGCAGGAGCUAUGUUGCCAUGCUGGGCUUCUUCGUGACACUUCACACGCUGGCUUCCGUCAUCCAACAGAUCCACACCAUCAUCCGAUGGCGCGACAUCAAAUUGGAGCAGUACGAGAACCUCGUCAAGCACGUGGGCAACCCCGAACUGAACAUCACCGGCGCUUCGACGGGGUUGGACUUGGUCCUGUUCUACAUUCAAUACUACUCCUACAAUGUCGAAUCUGUGCUCGUCUUCUUCUGGGCCGUCGAACUGGCAAACAGCAUCUUCCAACUGCGCAUCACCAAGAUGUACCGCUUCCACGCUAGUCUUGUUGCCAAAGCCACAGCGGCCUUCCUACCUGUCGCGCAAAUGGUCCUACUCCGCUUCAGUGGCGUCGACAAGAGCACCGUGGGGUUCAUGGCACUGGCCGAUUCGAUCAUGAUCGGCUGUUUCGCCGCAGGCAGCCUCAUGCUCCUUGCCAUCCUCGUCCGCUACGUCCACUCGCGGAUCACCCUCGCCUCCUGGAACGUCCGCUACAUUCACGGCACCUCCACAACAGGCGGCACCAACGCCACGCCCUCGGGCAGGGCACGAGCGCAGAAAAAGACCAUCUACGACAAGUGGCUCGUCCUACGCUUCACCGUCGCCUUCGCCGCGCUCAGCCUCUUCCAAAUAGUAGUCAUCAACUUCCAGCUCCGCGCCGCGGCAACCAACAACCGGGCCUCCAUCCCACCGCAACCCGACCUCAGCGCGGGCCGCGCCCGCGGCGACGUCGCCCUCUUCGCCCCCGCCCCGACCGCCGUGCUCUUCGCCUUCCUCGUCUUCGGCACCACCCGCACCUUCCGCGAAUACACCUACCGCGUGCUGGUCCCGCGGCCCCUGCGCGACUGGAUCGACGACCGCCGCCGCCGCGCCGGGAAGAAGAAGAGGGGGGUCGGCGGGUCCGUGUCGGUGGUGCAUUCGGCGAUUAGGGGGGAUAACUCUGACGGCAAUGCUGCCCAACUGGCAAGCCAGCAACCACCCCGCCACGAAACAGCGCUCGUGCUGAGCACCCAAGCCGGGUCAGACAUUGCCAUGACUAAACUCGCCUUUGUCACGGCCGAUCUCGCUCGGAAGAGAGAAGGACUCGAGCAGUCGAUCAACAAAGCAAAGACCUUGGAAGAGGCACUCGAAAAGAAUGCUGCCGAGAGACAGCAGCUCAUGGCUGAGGUUGACGGGUUGACGGACAACGAUUACAACGAUAUCGACCAUAUCGACCCCAAGGUAGCGGGCCUCGAGGAAAAGGUUGCAAUGUUGGAAGCCCAAGUUGCGCAAUUCAAAGCAAAGGAGCGAGACAUGGCCAUUGCCUGUGCUCACGCCUCCGAGAAUGUCUCCCAUGCUGCCAACAACGACGACGAUAUCGACCAUACCGACCCCAAGGUAGCAAUCCUCGAAGAAAAGGUUGCAAUGUUGGAAGCGCAAGUUGCGCAAUUCCAAGCAAAGGAGCGAGAGAUGGCCAUUGCCUCUGCUCACGCCUCCGAAAACGUCUCCCAUGCCGCCAACAACAACGGCGACGACGACGAUGGCCCAGAACCCGCAGCGACGACGCAGCAGACUUCAUCAUUCUUGCUCGCUAAUUCCGUCUGGGAUGGCCCUGCGCCCGACGGGACACUCCACAUGCUGCAGCUCAUGGCCGCCGUUAACGUUAUCUAA